UACCCCCUCCCUGCCCCAUCUACCCAACCACCAUCAACGUGUCCUGGAGUAAAGGCAAAAAAGUCUGAAGAGCUCGUGGCAGUGGUCAGGACGAAAAGCAUCGAGCACAGACCUGCACACCUCCAAGGGGAGGGGGGGGGAUCUAUACACUGAAAACAGCAGCCAGGACUAGAAGCAGAAACUUUGGAAAUCUCCAAACGGCAAGAUGAAAAAGUCAAAGGUGACGGAUCAAGCUGCUGAUAGGCAGAAGGGAAUCAGGAAGAAGUCCAAAGUGGCAGGUGUCAUGAUCACACAGUUUGAGGCGGAACUGCCAGAGGGAAAGACAACCCCUGAUUUUUCUCGCAAACCCAUUGCAAUUACGAUUCAAGAAGGAAAAAGUACAUACUUUAAAGCCAUAGUUGUGGGGAAUCCAAAACCCAGCGUCACAUGGACCCGAGCAAAUGGAGAAAUCGUUUUUCACCCGGACACCUGUCGGCAAAAUUACAACGAAUCAUCACACGAGCAUACUCUGGAGUUUCCCAAGGUGGCCCCAGAGGAUGCCGACACCUACAAGUGUUAUGCAACAAACGAUUACGGGCGAGCCGUUUGCACCGCCGUCCUGAACGUUAUUGAAGUGGGAUUCUGCAAAGCCAAAGAACUUCAAAAGACAUACGGGGACGAUAUACCGGACUUUCUUCGCAAAAAGCUGAGGAAACGCACUAUCGAGGUAGGAGUGCAAGACGAUAAGAUGGCCACCCCUGAGGAGAAGAUCUGGGAAAUUCUCAUGAAUGCGGAUAAGAAAGACUAUGAGCGCAUUUGUGCGGAAUACGGCUUCACCAAUUUCCGUGGGAUGUUGAAGAAACUGAAGCAAAUGAAGCAAGAACAAGAAGGCAUGGAUAUUGCAGAGGAAAGCGAAAGGUUUGCCUUUGACGACGAAGUAAAACAUUCUCUGAUCCAAGUUGACAAAAAACAUGACGGAGGCCUCUACACGAAGGAUGAGGAGGGUGCCUCUGUAUUCACUGCCAACUUUAAAGUACCUGAGGUCGACUUUGCUCUUAAAAUCCAAGAGGUCAAGGCGGAUGAAAGACAGGAUGCACUCUUUACAUGUGUCCUAACUGCACCUCAGAAUGAGAUCAAGUGGUUGGGCAAGAACGAGCCACUGUCAAAUAGCGAAAAGUUUGAAAUCACCGUUUCAGAAGAUGAGCUCAUCCACAAGUUGAUCGUGCGCGAUUGCUCGCCAUCGGAUGCUGGCAUCUACGCCGCUGUGGCAGGCAUCAAAUCAUGUAAUGCCUGGCUUGUGGUUGAAGCGGAUAAAGAGGCUAGCAGCAUAGGAAAGGAACCGGCUCGGAAAAACACUCUAGCCGGAGUGGAUGAUGAUGCCGACUUGUUGAGGAUCGCCAAGGAGCAGCAAGAACGUGAGGAAGAGGAGGACGAACAGCCGGCAGCUGGCAAGCGUGUCAGAGUAAGGCAAGGGCCGCUGAUCGAGGAGACAAUCAUCGGUAAGAUGGCGGUUGAAUAAUCCUCAGACCCAGGCGUUCACUUCCACAUUGGAUUAAAUGACUGCAAAGCCAUCAUCGGAGAAGAUGCGGAACUUGCGUGCAAACUCAGCAGCGAGGACUGCGUGGGUAUCUGGUACAAAGAUGGAGAAGAGAUCAAAUCCAAUGAGGGUAUGACCAUUAUAAAGGAAGGAAGCUACCAUAAGCUUAAACUUCACAAAGUCCCAGAGGAAUUUGCUGGAAAAUAUAAGUUUGAAGCAGAUGGACGAAAGACAGAGGCCUUGGUGGUUGUUGAAGAUCCACCAAGAUUUGACCCCGAGGAAUUAAAAGCCUUUAUUACCCCUGUCACGGUGAAAAAGGGGCACAGAGCAACCUUCAGUUUAUCUUAUAUUGGACGAGAGCCGAUAAAAGUUCAGUGGUUCCUUGAGGGGGAAGAGCUUUCGGAUGAAGCCAAUAUCAAGCUGGAGUACUCAGACGGCAACACACGUUUGCUUCUGAUCAAGCUGCAGCGCAAGGACAGCGGCGAAGUCAAAUUAAAGCUCAAAAAUGAGUACGGUACUGCCGAGGCCUUAACUGAACUGAUUGUACGAGAUAAACCCACUCCCCCGAUGGGACCUGUGGAGAUUGUCGAAGCUUCCUCCUCUGCAAUCGAGAUCAAAUGGAGACCACCAAAAGACAGUGGCGGCUGCCAGAUAGACAACUACAUCCUCGAGAGGCAACAGAUUGGUCGCAACACCUGGAAGAAGGUUGGACCCAUCGGUCCACUGGCCAAAUACCGGGACUCAGACGUAGACCAUGGUCGUAGGUACUGCUAUCGCAUCAGAGUGGAGACUGAAAUGGGCACCAGCGAUAUGAUGGAAACGGAGGACAUUCAAGCCGGGACAAAAGCAUACCCAGGACCUCCAUCAACACCAAAAGUUGUCAGUGCCUUCAAAGACUGCAUCAACCUCUCCUGGUCUCCUCCUGCCAACACGGGAGGCACCAGUAUUCUUGGAUACAACCUUGAAAAGCGCAAAAAAGGAAGCAAUCUCUGGGGUCAAGUCAACCCAUCACAUGAGAUGAUCAAAGCUAAAGGGUUUGCUGUCAAAGAUGUGGUAGAGGGUAUGGAAUACGAAUUUCGUGUGUCGGCAAUAAACAACUCCGGUGCUGGUGAAUUCAGCACACCUUCAGAGUUUGUCUUUGCCAGAGAUCCCAAAAACCCUCCAGGAAAAGUUCUUGAUUUGAAGGUGACCGACUCUAGCUACACAACUCUAUGUCUGUCUUGGGUCAAACCCAAGGACAUUAAGGGGGUCACGGACGAAGCCAAGGGAUACUUUGUGGAGAUCCGCCCGGUAGAAGACACAGAGUGGGAGCGUUGCAGUUCCAACGUAGUUACCACAAAUUUCUACACAGUGAAAAACCUGAAGUCGAUGGCCAUGUACUGGGUGAGAGUGAUUGCUACCAAUGAUGGAGGAGAGGGAGAGCCACAGGAUUUGAAUAACUACAUCCUUGCAAUGCCGCCUCCCGUGAGACCACGCUUCAUCAACAGCAAAAUCAAGAGUUUCAUGGUGGUGCAAGCCGGAAAUUCAGCACGUCUUACAUUGAACUUUGAGGCCUCCCCUUGGCCUGAAGUCACAUGGCUGAAAGAUGAUGUCCCGGUCAGUAGAAGGGUGACGAUUAGCAAUGCGGAAGGCGCAUCACAGCUCUUGAUUCCUUCUGCCGUGCGCUCAGACUCUGGUGUCUACACCAUCGUUGUCAAGAACAUUGUCGGACAAGAAACGUUCAGUAUUGAAAUAAGAGUCACAGAUGAGCCAAAGCCACCAGGCCCCGUGGAAAUAGAAGAAAAUGUGCCAGGCACUGUGACCAUUUCGUGGGAACCUUCUCCAGAUGAGAAACGUGAUGACAGGUUGUAUUACAUGGUGAUGAAGAGAGACUCCAGCAAGCGAACAUGGAACACAGUCGCAGAUCACAUCUUUAACAAUAGGUUCACAGCCUGCAACAUAAUGCCGGGCAGAGAGUAUAGGUUUCGUGUCUAUGCAAAGAAUGACAUGGGCGCCUCUAAACCCUCCGAAUCACCAAAGUGGCUGAUACCGGUCAAGAAAGAGAAGUUCACAGUGAACAUGCCAAAAUCCAAAACCUGCAACCUCGAGUGCCCCCCAAGGUUUCUCGUCCCGCUAAAAAUGCACGUUGCUCCCCAAGGAUAUGAAUGUUACAUGAGCUGCGCUUUAAAGGGGGAUCCAACACCUCAUGUCACAUGGCUUCGUGACAACGUUAGCCUGAAUACCAACACCAACUACUACAUUUCCAACACCUGCGGAGUUUGCUCUCUACUCAUACUCAGGGUCGGAUCCAAGGACACCGGAGAGUACAAGGUGGUGGCGGAAAACCCCAUGGGGAGAGCAGAGUGUUCUACCAAGUUGACAGUUAGAGAAUAAAGAAAACUCAGAAGCUGCAGGACCUGUGACCACCCAAAAAAUGUUGAGCUGUCACUUGCAUGAAAUGACUCCUGAUCUUCAGUUGAAGCAACCCUUUCUUUGACACACCAAUGAAAUGAAUAUUGUAAAAUGAUGUCGAAGAAUUAUUAUAUUCAUUCAAAAGUUCAAAAUCAAAACCAAUAUCUAUUUUGAUGGUUCUACCAAGUAAAAUUUGACCUGACCUGAGCUUUACAAAUACCAUAUACCAUUUUUAAAAAGGUAGUUUCAGAUGACACAACUAUAGUGUGCAUGUCUAAAAGCAAACAGUAUAUAGUGUAAGUUAAGUAUAUUCAUGUUAAAUUCAAAUCUAAUCAAAGCUGACCGUCCAUUGACUGAAUUGUUUAACUCCCAAAGCAUUAAUCGAUAAGCAUGACAUUGUUUUUAAGUUCAAUGUAAAUAAACCUUUUGACUCACAAUAAAUUAUGAUUUUUAUGUAUUUAUUUAUUUAUUCAUUUAUUUAUUAAAACAAAAACAACAACCAACAUUAGCGGCGCAUUACCAAAUUACAAUUAAGGGCAAUCCCACAAAUAGUGACGCUCCCUCUAGCAGACGGCGUGCCCCCAAUUAGUAACCGGAUGCGUCGUUCAACACGGACAUCAAAGAUUUAACAGCUGAACCUAUUUUGAUUUCAAAACUGCCAGACAAGCACAGAUAGUAUCUCAAAUGACUUCAAGUAAUGUGGCUGUCUUACCGCAUGUUGUAAAUGUGGAACGUCUUCAACUAAAAUAAACGUUACACUCAAACCACAA